CGUGUGUGUGCUUGCUUAACUGUGUGUGAGGUUUUAUUAUGUUCUCCUCAAGGCACUAAUUAAUAGAAGGAGAGCUCGAGUGGCGUGACAGACCAAACAAUACAGGCAUCUUAUGUUUGCAAAAGUGGUGCAAACCUAUCCGAAGCUGUCCUGAACCGUGGACUGUUGUUCCUGUGACACGCAACAUGUGCUGAAGAUGGAUGGAGCCAAGUUGCACCUGAAAGAGUGGCUGGUAGCUCAGAUAGAGAGUGGGAAAUAUGAAGGCCUGUGCUGGGAGGAUGAGGGCAAGACCAUGUUCAGGAUCCCCUGGAAGCACGCAGCCAAGAAGGACUACAAGCAGACGGAGGAUGCGGCUCUCUUUAAGGCCUGGGCCAUGUAUAAAGGCAAAUACAAGGAGGGCAGGGAUAGAGCUGAUCCCACAAUGUGGAAAACCAGACUCCGUUGUGCACUUAACAAGAGCACCGACUUCCAGGAAGUUCCUGAACGCAACCAGUUGGACAUCACUGAACCGUAUAAGGUCUACCGAAUUGAACAGGAUGUUUGCUUGUCAAAGCCGGGAGCACAUCCUCAGACAAAAUAUGUAUUCAAGCAGGUGAAAUUAUCUCCAAGAAGCCCUGGUUAUCCAGAAAAUCAGUGUCAAAAGGAAGAGCUUCAAGCUCUCAAAGAAGAAAAACCUUGUGCUGAUGACCUGAUGAGGGAGCACAUGUACUGUGAGAUAACAGAGAAAAAGAAUCUAAUUCAGGUUCCUGAUCCAGUAAGCUUCUUCAGUCCCAUCCUCAAUAUAACCGACUUUCGCAUGGAAGUGAGACUGUUGUACCAGGGCCAGACAGUGACGAAAGUGAUCACGGAGAGCCUAGACGGAUGCUUCAUCCUCCAGGGUCACGUUCCUUUGGGAAAUGAACAGAUCUACGGACCCUGCUCUGCCCAGCAGCUUUCUUUCCCCUCCCCAGCCUCUGCAGCUCUUCCAGAUUGCCUGGCAGAAGCGAUGAAUCGCCUUCUUUGUCACCUGGAAAGGGGUGUGCUGCUGUGGGUGGCACCAGACGGGGUGUUUAUCAAGCGCUUCUGCCAGGGCAGGGUGUACUGGAGUGGUCCCUUGGCUCAGCAUGCUGACAGGCCAAACAAACUGGAACGUGAAAAAACCUGCAAACUGAUGGAUGUACCCUCGUUCCUAAAUGCACUCCAGAACAGUUUACAGGGAAAGGGGCCUAAACCUUCACACGAGAUCGAGCUCUGCUUUGGGGAAGAGUAUCCAGAUCCGAACGUACCUAAAGCCAGGAAGCUCAUAAUGGCACAUGUGGUUCCCUUGUUUGCUGUGGAACUGUUACAGAGAUUCAGCUUGGGACAAACUGAGGAGAAACAUCAAAAUCUCACCUCCAACGCAAAAGGAAAGAAGAUAGACUGAGAAAUCUACCCGAGUUGAUAUGGACAAUACACAAGCGAACUUGACUUCCGUCCCCAUAAUCACCACAAAGGAUAGUAAUACAGUAUAUUUUUCUCC